AUGCCCACUCGCCGACAGAUCCCCCGACUCAAUCUAGAAGAGACGACAACGAUCGAUCACGAUGACAGCUGGCUCCUGGGCUCCGAUGACGAAUUGGACGAGGCGACAAGAGCGGCGAAAAGGAGGAGAAUCGAGACUCUCGGCGAAGCUUACUUACAGGGCAAACCGCUAUUUAUUGCCUCUGCCUCUCUGCGCGGACCUUUUGAUAAAGGCUGGGUGAACCCAUGGAGGAAACAUCGGGCACAACACGUCUCUGGUAGAACACGCGGGGCGACUGUCGGACCAGUAGAUGAAGCGACAGACUUUGCUGUACCUGAUACGAACGAUAGCAGAAACUAUAAAGGCGGAACUCUGUCAAGAGCCAAAAGCAUCAGGUCCGAUGUCAGGGGGUGCUCGUCGUCGCCAAGGACUACUCCUCAUCGAGACAGCGGACAAUCGAAAUCAUUGUGGAAACGGGAGCCGUCGACCUCACAUAUAGGGCGAGGACCAUCUGCCGAGCUUCAGCCCGCUCAAGCUUGGCUCAAGAGAGAUAAAAAGUUUAUUGAUAUUCAGAAUUAUGACCCUCCAAAAUCGCCGACAAGCCGCUAUGCGAGCUCCGGAACAGAUGCUCGUGCCAUGAAGUCGCACCAAACGGAUUUGCGGAAUGUCAGACGAAAUAAGCUUGUCUCGGGUGAUUAUCAGGAAAAGCAUGUACAGGCGUUUCCAGACAACACUUCAUCAACCUUGCCUGAGAACGAGAACUUUCAUAGGUCUGUUUCAGAUACGAAACAAAAAGAAACAUCACUGUUGUCAAAGAACGCAGAAGUCGAAAAGCCAUCCAACGGACUACACGCAAACGAAGAUGAUAUCUCGUUGAGAGAUGACCCCACGCAUCAGAGAGCAGAUAUGCCUCCUAGCGCAUCCUCUUUUCACAUAGUACCACCGUCUUCGCGCCUUCCGGAAUUUGAAUAUCGACUGGCAAAAGUUCGGUCUAGAGAAGAAACUGAUAUUCAAGCGGAGCAUGCCCCUUCGAGGACAGUAAAUGUUCUCCCUCCAGUCGACACAAAUCGUGACAAGGAAGCAUUUCCGUUCAAAGCACCACCCCCAAGAUCGCAACAAGAUCAAGCUUCUUUACCGGCACAGAGUACGGCCACUCUGACUUGUUCUGAAAAACCCAACGACAGCCUGACUGAAAGUGAAAAGCUACCAUCAGCUCAGAUCGUACCGAAACCACCAGGAACCUCGAAUUAUUUUAUUUCGCUUCAUUCUGCCGAAUACCGUGCUUCGGGUGCUGCCGAAACUGGCGCGACAAGCCGUGAAUGCUUCGAAGCUAAAGCGCUCCGCCCAGAAGCUUCAACCCGCAACAACCCAGUACAUUCAUCAUCGCCUGAUGGCGUGGGUUCAAGGGAAAUGGCUCUGACUUCGAAAAAAGCGUUCAAUUUCUUUGAGGUUUCUCAAGUUCUGAUUCCGGAAGAUAGCUCCUCCGUCAUUAACGACGAAGUCGCUUGUAUAUGUACUGGAUCCGACAACUUGUUUAUAGGAAGCGACGAUGGAAGAGUACACAUAUUGUCAUCUGCGUUUAAAAUCAUUCGGUCCUUCAACGCGCACGAUGCCGGAGUCAUUCGACACAUGAGACAAAUCGAAGGCACUUCGCUGUUGGUUACUAUCGCAGAAGAUUUACCGAAUGAGCCAGUGCUGAAAGUAUGGGCGCUUGAUAAGAUUGAGAAAAGAACUGGUGCCCCGCGCUGUUUGUCUACGGUAUCUGUUCAGAAUGGGCGACGACCUUUCCCAGUUUCAACUUUUGUCUGCCUUGAAGAUUUGUCCCAGGUUGCCGUCGGCUUCGCGAACGGUUCGGUUGCUAUCAUUCGGGGCGAUCUUAUCAAUGAUCGAGGGGCUAGACAGCGUAUUGUCUUUGAGUCGCAGGAGCCUAUCACCGGACUGGAAGUCCAACAUGGUCAUACCAUUACCACACUCUUUAUCGCCACGACGAACCGGAUCCUCACGCUUACAAUUGCUGGUCGAGGCCAAGGUCAGCCUGCGCGCGUAUUGGAAGAUGCAGGCUGUGCAGUCCACUGCAUGGCCCUUGAUAAGGAAACAGGCGACAUCCUGAUCGCACGGGAAGACGCCAUACAUACAUAUGGUCUACGAGGACGUGGGCCUAGCUUUGCGUAUGAUAGCCCUAAGAACUCUUUGAAUCUUUUCAAGGGCUAUGUCGCUCUAGUAUGCCCGCCAAAAACCACAGCGUCAAAAUCAGAUACACUGCGCAGAUUUAGUGUCGGUCAGACAGACGAUAUCUUCAACACCACCACAUUCACCUUUCUUGACACGGACUUGAAUUUCAUUGCACACUCAGAGGCGCUCAUUUCUUUGCCCCGAAAUGUGUUUUCAAUCUGGGGCGAUCUGUUUUUGAUAGACUCAGGUGGAAAGAUUACUCGGUAUCAUGAGAAAAACCUGCAACAAAAGCUUGAGAUUCUGUACCAGAGAAAUCUUUACAUCUUGGCAAUCAACCUUGCGCAAAAAGCAGGCAUUGAUACACUUCAACAAAAUGUUAUAUUCCGCAAAUAUGGAGAUUUUCUCUAUCAGAAAGGCGACUACGACACAGCCAUGCAACAAUAUCUGAGAGCCAUAGACAACACAGAACCCUCCCAAGUCAUUCGCAAAUUCCUUGAUACACGGCGAAUUCACAACCUCAUUGAAUAUCUGGAAGAACUCCACGAUCAUGAUAGAGCAACAGCAGACCACACGACAUUACUCCUCAACUGCUAUGCCAAACUCAAAGACACAUCCAAAUUAGAUUCAUUCAUCAAAGCUCCUGGUGAACUGAAGUUUGAUCUCGAAACAGCAAUUGCCAUGUGCCGUCAGGGAGGUUACUUUGAACAAGCCGCUUAUUUAGCUACCAAGCACGGCGAAAAUGAUAUGGUUGUCAGCAUUCUUGUCGAAGACUCUCAGAAAUAUGCUGAAGCUCUUGAAUUCAUUUCACGACUUGAACCCGAUGCGGCCUAUCCAAACCUCAUGAAGUAUGCUCGCGUACUGUUGGGACACUGUCCACAAGACACAACCCAGCUUUUCAUCACUUUCUAUACAGGCAAAUACCGCCCGAAGAAAGAUAUCGAGCCUCCCUCAGAGUCGCAGACUCCCCAACAUAGUGCAGUCCGCAAUUUGGCUGCUUUCAUCCCUCUACCUUACGUUGGUGCCAGCUCUACCACGAAGUCACAACCGUCUGAGCCUCAACUAUCUUCGGAUGUUGACGAUACCAAUGAUUUGUCUUUCUAUGACAUUCCGAAACCCCGAAGUGCUUUUUCAGCUUUUGUCGAUCAUCCAGCCGAGUUCAUCGUCUUCCUUGAGUCUUUGAUAUCAGAAAAGUCUUGGAGUGAGCAAGAUAGAAUUGACUUGUAUACUACAUUGUUUGAGAUGUAUCUCGAUAAUGCAAAGAAGGCCAGAGAUCCAAGCGUCAAAAGUGAUUGGGAGACGAAAGCUAAGAGCUUGAUUGAGGGCAAAGAUAUACCUAUAUCAACGUCAAACGUCUUGCUUCUGUCGGACUUGUCAAAUUUCGAAGAAGGCACGACAUUGGUCAAGGAACAAGCAGGGCUAAGAUCAGACAUCUUUCGCUCAUAUACCGCCGCCAAGGACACUUCAGGUGUGAUUAGGGCAUUACGAAAAUACGGGCCACAAGAGCCUCAACUAUACGUGGACGCUCUAGCCUACUUCGCGUCCAGCCCGAAGAUAUUAGCUGAAGUUGGCGAUGAGCUCAAUGUUGUGCUUAAGAAAAUCGAUCAGGAGGGAUUGAUGGCCCCAUUGCAAGUCAUCCAGGCAUUGAGCACUAACGCGGUUGUAACAAUGGGCAUGGUCAAGAAAUAUCUUAGUCAGAAUAUUGAGCGGGAACGAAAGGAGAUAUCAACGAACCGUCGAUUAAUAUCAAGUUACACAAGCGAAACAGAGGCCAAACGCAAGGAAAUUGAGCAACUCAACUCACAACCGGCUGUAUUUCAAGCUCGUCGCUGCCAGUCGUGCGGCGGAGGCCUUGAACUGCCUACCGUCCACUUCCUCUGCAAACACUCAUUCCAUCAACGUUGCCUCAACAAGGCAGGCGAAGAUGCCGAAUGUCCCAUAUGCGCACCUCAAAACGCGACUAUAAAGGCUAUUCGUCGACGUCAAGUUGAGUCCGCUGAUCAGCAUGGUCUAUUCACUGAAGAGUUGAAGCGUAGCAAGGAUAGAUUUGGGACUCUUCUUUUCCACACUUUGAACGAAAUCAUGUCCUCUCAGCGCAUCAUACAAGACUCCGAUGACGAGGACGGUGACAUCCUGUCUGAUGUCGCAUCCUCCUGCGAUCCUCUCCAGGACUCAUCCUACGCGCCAAAGGAAACGGGCAUUAUCGAGCGCGUGCAAGGCAAUCACCCAGCACAACCACAAUUUUCGGCGAGUGAAUUGCCGCAAGUCGAUUUUGAUAGGUUCUUGAGGUCUGAGUCGUCUAUUAUGGCCGGUGAUUAUGAGGAUGAAAGAUGGGUGUCGACCGCGCAUUCGAAUCCGGGGAAUGUCAAACCAUUCGGAAACUUCCACACAGAGCAGAUGAAUCUUCAGGACAACAGCUUCCGUUACACCGUGAAUGCGACUCAUAACGCUAUAUGUUCACUUCCACCAACUUCCAACACAGUCUACGACCAUAGCGCAGUGAUCGCGACCGAGCUCGAUCAUCCUUCCAAACGACGCAAAAUCUCAAAUUCGAACACGCAAGACACGUUGCUGAAAGACCCUGAAGAGAGUGGUUCGUCUUACAAUUUCUUCGCAUCGAUUGAUCCGAAUGGACCGCCUCAGACGGCGGCUUCGCUUCCGCCUGUACCUUUUAUGGGGGAUAGGGAUGGUAUGCCACAGGAUGUUGAGACUGAUCCGCUGCCGAUGGGGACCCCGCCGCCUACGAUACCGUUCUCGGAAGAUCCUGUGCCGCUGGAGCAGGAAGUAGCUGUAGCAGAGGCCACAGCAAUUGAUUAUGAGGUUCAAGAAACGAUUAUCCAGCAGCCGCCAUCGGAGACGGAUAAUGAAGUAUUCAGUACCAAGAAGAAGAGAGGGCGUCCCAAGAAGCAGGAUACCAGCGAGAUUGCGGAUAGUGAGCCCAAUAUUAUCAUCGAAAAUGUCCCUGAGAUCACGGAGCAACAAUCGACCAAGAAAAAGCCGGGCAGACCGAAGAAGCAGGAGAUGGACACUACAGCCGAUCAGCUACCGAUGAUUGAACGGAAAGAAGCCAUGGAUGAAGCGGAUUCGACUACAACUGCUGCAAAACCAUCAAAGAAGAAGGUCAAACGCAGCAAGACGACGUCCGAUAUACCCAAUACCAAGUCUGCGGAAUUUAAAGCCGAGCAGGACGUGGUCUGGAUCGAGACGAAUCCAAUUGACCCUGCAACUACGGAUGAAAAAACAAAUACCACGGAACAAUUUACUCCUGCUGAAGACGUGAAAAUCCCCAAAAAGCGUGGCCGGAAGAAGAAAGAAGUCAUCGAAGAMCCUGCCGCUAGCGAAAACGAGACUGUUCUCCAAGACAUUUCAAAUAUACAGCAGGCUCCUCGACAGGAAAAACAAAAGGACUUCGAGAUCGAGAUUAACGUGGCGGAACAGAGAGUACCAUUAGAUGGAAUAGACACUUUUAACGCGACGAAUUUACCCAAGACACCGACUGUCGAAAUCCAAAGCAAGGAAAGCAACCCAACAGGAGGAGGGGUUGCAACUCCUACACCACAAGAGAGAAUCAAAUCCGCCAAGCAGACUCCCAUUUCAAGCGCCGGCAAGGUUCCGUUUAGGGUUGGUUUGAGUCGUAGAGCACGGAUUGCGCCGUUGCUGAAGGUUGUGCGGAAGUAA